AUGACUGAAAUCGAUGUAAAACACAAGCCAAGCAAUUUGUCUAAUAAUGAACAUACGGAACACCAAAAUAAUGGUGUCGGAAUUCAAGUAUUGUCAGAGACUGAUAUUAAUAUUAACAAAAACCAAAGAACAGAAUCUCAAAGUAACUUGGGAAUUUCUUCUAAAAAAUAUAAAAAACACAUUUCGUCAAAACGAACUUUGGAACAACGAAUUGAAUUAGCUCAUUCGAAAAUGAUGGUCAAUGGAUUUACGUACUAUAAAUGUGAUCAUUGUAAGAAAAUACUUUCAACCGCGUAUAAUUUUCUAAUUCAUCUAAAUAUUCAUACUGGAGAAAAACCGUAUACUUGCCACGUUUGCGAAAAAGGUUUUCGUUCAGCAUCUGGUUUGAACAGACACGUACAUGAUGUUCACGCGAGAAUAAAGAAAUUCUCUUGCGAUAUAUGCGGUCGAUGUUUGGCCUCUAAAGCUUCGCGAGAUGAGCAUAGAAGAACUCAUACAGGAGAAAGACCCUAUAUAUGCGAAAUUUGUGGGAAGUCGUUCAAACAGAGGGCAUCUCUGCACGUUCACAAAUCAUUCCAUUCAAAAGUUCUUCCGCAUGAAUGCUCCUUAUGCAACCAAAGGUUUAAGAGAAAACAAGAAUUAGAUAACCAUACUUUCAUCCAUACCAAGCAAAAACCUUAUUCUUGCGAUGUCUGUGGCAAACAAUUUCGUAGUAAAGGCUGUAUUAGUCGUCAUAAACGUAUUCAUAAUAAUCAAAGGUCCUAAAUUUGUCCCGUAUGCAAUGCAAAGUUCAGUUAA